CACAGGGGGAGAGAUAAGCUCAGUUGUGAGCAGUGAGGGAUUAAAGUACGUUGUUCUCUCGAGUUGUUAAAUAACAAUCCACUGUUAAAUGUUCACUCUCUUUAACCAAUGCUUUUAUCUGCUCUUAUCUGAUCUUUAAAAAAAGAGAAAAGUACAAAAGGGGUGUUGCUGCAGCGAGAGGAGUCGCAGUCUGGAUACUGAACAUCAACAUGAAGGACUCAGUGAGUUUGAAAGUGAGCCUGCCAGUGUUUGUGUUAGUGUUUGAGGUGAUCAUCAUAGCUCUUUAUGCUGUCUUUGUCACUUACGAUGACGAUACCAACGCAAAGCUGCAAAACAAUGAGACCAGCCCCAUGGAGAACUCCCUCUAUCGUGACUACCCCUACUUUGCUGAUGUGCAGGUGAUGAUCUUCAUAGGCUUCGGUUGCCUGCUGGCUUUUUUCAGAUUCUACGGCUUUGGCGGGAUGGUCUUCAACUUUCUCACAGCUACAUUUGCAAUCCAGUGGGCAAUCCUGAUGCAAGGGUUCUUCCAGUUUUACUAUGAUGGUAAAAUUCACUUGGGGGUGAUCAACCUGGUGAAUGCAGAGUUUGCCUGUGCUGUGGUGCUCAUCUCCUUCGGGGCUGUGCUUGGGAAGACCAGUCCUGUUCAGCUACUGGUCAUGGCUUCUCUUGAGAUUCCUAUAUUUGCUGUGACAGAGUGGGCUGUACUCAAAUACAUUAGGAUCAAUGAUGCAGGCGGCACUAUUCUUAUCCACAUAUUUGCCUGCUACUUUGGUCUAGGAGUGACAUUUAUGCUCUAUCGGCCAAGUUUGAAUGAUGGACAUGCUAAAGAGAUCACUAGUUAUCAUUCAGAUAUCCUGUCUGUAAUGGGAACCCUGUUCCUCUGGGUAUUCUGGCCUUCAUUCAACUCUGCUCUUACAUUUAAAGGUGAUGAUCAGCAUAGAGCAAUACUCCACACCUUCAUAGGUCUCUCCUCAUCCACUAUCACUGCCUUUGCACUCUCUGCGCUAUUCAAUAAGAGAGGCAAGCUCACGAUGGCUGAUAUCCAAAAUGUGACUCUGGCAGGAGGUGUGACAGUUGGAGCUUCUGUGGACAUGAUGAUUUCACCUGUAGCUGCAUACGUACUGGGCGUCAUGGGCUGUACUGCCUGUUUCUUUGGUUACAAGUACCUGACCCCAUUUAUGGCUUAUCGCAUGAGGAUCCAAGACCAGUGUGGUAUUCACAACCUCCACGGACUGACUGGCAUCAUAUCAGCCGCAGCAGGGAUCUGCGCCAUCCUCCUCGCCACUGAGGAAACCUACGGGCCCAGCAUGUACCAGAUCUUUUCCCACCGUGCUCCACCUGAAGGAGAUCCACGGCUGCUAGAACUGCAGAAGCUGAUUCCUGGACUGAAGCCGGGCUUGGGACGCACUGCACAGGAGCAAGCGCUGUACCAGGUGGCGGCUGUCUUUACCACCAUCGGAGCCUCUACAGUUGGCGGUCUGCUCACCGGGCUGGUCAUGAAGUUUCCCUCCUUGGCAUCUCCAUCUGAUAAGAAAUGCUUCGAUGAUGAGCUUUUCUUUGAGUUGCCAUCAGACUUUUCCAGUGUAGAAGUCCCCUUAACCUAUGAGGAGAAAGGGCAAAUGAAUCCCAUGGACACCAAAGUCUGAGCUCUUGUACCUUAUAUUUUUUAACUUUAUACAUAUAUACAUAUAUAUAUAUAAAUAUAUAUAUGUGUGUG